AUGACAAUCACUUUUCCGUAUUCCUCCGCUCCCACGCGGCAGGUCAAGGAGAUCCAAUUUGGGGUGAUGAGUCCGGAGGAGAUUAAAGCAUUCUCCGUAGCCAAAAUAGAGCAUCCCGAAGUCAUGGACGAGAAUAAUCGGCAAAAAGUUGGAGGACUGAUGGACCCGAGAAUGGGCACCAUCGACCGGAACUUUAAAUGCCAGACUUGUCUCGAGGGCAUGGCCGAAUGUCCAGGUCAUUUCGGUCACAUUGAGCUUGCACGACCCGUGUUUCAUGGCGGGUUUAUGGUCAAGGUCAAGAAGAUCUUAGAGUGUAUCUGUUUCAGUUGUGGCAAACUGCGUGUUGAUGUGCGCGAUCCUAUGGUCGCUAACAUUGUUCGUCGCGUGAAACCACAACAUCGGCUAAAAGCUAUUUGGGCCAUCGCCUCGAAGAGAACGUCGUGUGAGACGGACGAACGGGACGAUGAGAAUGGUGACGCCACCAACGAGGCAGAGUUUCAAGCGGAGAAGGAGCUUGGCGUUCCGAAAGGUCAUGGCGGCUGCGGUGCAGAUCAGCCCCUGUGGAGAAAAGAAGCUCUGAAACUCAUGGCCAAGUCCAAACCAUCCACGACCGACAAGGACGAAUCUGGCAGCGAGCUCGAGAUCCGCUCCGUCUCUCCUGGGGAGAUAUACAACGUCCUUCGAAAGAUCCCUGCCGAAGAUCUUCACGUCAUGGGUCUGAACAUCGACUACGCCCGGCCAGAGUGGAUGAUCCUCACCGUCAUGCCUGUACCACCCGCCGCUGUCCGACCCUCUAUCUCAAUAGAUGGAGGUGCUAUGCGGAGUGAAGACGAUUUGACUUACAAGCUUGCUCAGAUCCUCAAGACAAGUGCGACCGUUCGUCGACUCGAAGCUGAAGGUGUACCACCCAGUGUUGUCGACGAACAAUUUGAUCUGCUGCAGUUUCACGUGGCGACGUAUAUGGAUAAUGAGAUUGCCGGUCUGCCGCAGGACAUGCAAAAGUCUGGAAGACCUAUCAAAGCUAUCCGUGCGCGUUUGAAGGGUAAAGAAGGGAGGAUGCGGGGUAAUUUGAUGGGAAAGCGAGUUGACUUUUCGGCCCGGACAGUCAUCACCGGUGAUCCAAACCUUCAGCUGGAUCAGGUCGGAGUGCCGAAAAGUAUCGCCAUGACGUUAACAUAUCCGGAGAGGGUGACGCCAUACAACAUCGUCUACUUGCAGACACUCGUCAACAAUGGUCCCUCGACAUACCCAGGCGCACGGUACUAUGUCAAAGAUACCGGGGAGCGGAUAGACUUGAAGUACCGCAAGUCCGGUGAACCAAUCAGUCUUCAAUUCGGUUGGAUCGUAGAGAGACAUCUCAAGGAUGGAGAUUUUGUACUAUUCAAUCGACAACCGUCUCUGCACAAGAUGUCUAUGAUGUGUCACCGUGUCAAAUUGAUGAACUAUUCCACCUUCCGUCUGAACCUCUCUGUAACGUCGCCAUACAACGCCGAUUUCGAUGGUGACGAGAUGAACUUGCAUGUCCCUCAAAGUGAGGAGACACGAGCGGAGUUGAGUCAGAUUGCAUGGGUGCCCAGACAGAUUAUCUCCCCGCAGGCCAACAAACCCGUCAUGGGCAUCGUGCAAGAUACGUUAUGCGGUAUCCGCAAGUUCACUCUCCGCGACAAUUACUGCGACUGGAAACAGGUUCAGAAUAUCCUUCUCUGGCUGCCGGGCUGGGAUGGUACGAUCCCGACACCGGCUAUCCUCAAACCAAAGCCCAUGUGGACCGGAAAGCAACUCAUGUCCAUGACGAUUCCCAAGGGAAUCAAUAUCACGUUCAAGAACAACGAAAAGCCCUCUCCCAUCGACAUCACCGACGAGAAUGUCCUCAUCGACAAUGGCGAGAUCAUCCACGGCACGAUUGUCAAGAACAUGGCAGGUAGUGCGAACAACGGAUUGGUGCACGUCAUAUUUCGAGAGUUGGGACAUGUCGCUGCGAGGGACUUCUUUUCAGCUUGUCAGAUGAUGGUCAAUUUCUGGUUGUUGCACUACGGGUUCAGUGUUGGGAUCGGAGAUACUAUCGUGGACACGGCUACGAUGGCAGGAAUCACAAAUCGAAUGGUAGAAGCGAAAGAGGCGGUCCAACGACUCAUCGCAGAGGCAGAGGCGAAUCGAAUGAAGCCAAAACCGGGUAUGACCAUCCGCGAGACGCUCGAAGCUGGUAUUGCGACCGAGUUGAACAAGGCUCGUGAUUGGACGGGUAAAACAGCACAAGACAACUUGAAGGAAGACAACAACGUCAAACAGAUGGUGGUAUCUGGCGCCAAGGGUUCAUUCAUCAACAUCUCCCAGAUGACCGGUGUUGUCGGACAACAAUUCGUUGAAGGAAAGCGUAUCAAUUUCGGGUUCAAACAUCGUACUCUUCCUCAUUUCCCCAAAGAUGACUACGGUCCGGAGUCUAGAGGUUUCGUCGAGAACUCUUAUCUUCGCGGUCUUACGCCUCAGGAGUUUUGGUUCCACGCGAUGGGUGGAAGAGAAGGUUUGAUCGAUACUGCCGUCAAAACUGCCGAGACCGGAUACAUACAACGACGACUGGUCAAGGCGAUGGAGGAUUUGAAGGUCGCAUAUGACGGGACGGUGCGGAACUCAACUGGGGAUGUCGUCCAAUUCCUUUAUGGUGAGGAUGGUAUGGACGGGGCGGCUAUGGAGAAGCAAAGUUUCGACAUCAUUCGUCUAUCAGAUCGAGCUUUCGAACGUCGAUACAAAAUUGACGUCUUUGGUGGACCGGGUGCUGGGUUCGGAGAGAAGACGUUGGCCCCGGGGAUCGACAAAUCUUCUGCGUCUCUACAAAACUUGUUGGACGACGAAUAUCGUCAAUUGAGGGAAGACCGUCAACUACUUCGACAGUACAUCUUCCCGGACGGUAAUCCAAGUCACCCGCUUCCCGCCAACAUUCAGCGGAUCAUCCAAAACUCUCAGCAGCUGUUCAACGUUACUGUACAUACGGUCAGUGACCUCGAUCCUGUACAUCUGAUCGAGAUGCGGAAAGGCCUUUGCGACCGUUUGGUCAUUGUGCGAGGCGAUGACAAGUUUAGCAAGAUCCAUCAGCAUAAUGCAACCCUCCUGUUCAACAUCCUCGUUCGAUCUCACCUUGCCACCCGCAGAAUAUUGGAGGAACAUCAUCUUACUCGGGAAGCGUUCGAGUGGGUGAUCGGGGAGAUCGAGCAGAUCUUCAACAAAGCCGUCUGUGACCCUGCUGAAAUGGUGGGGACGCUUGCUGCUCAGUCCAUCGGUGAACCUGCGACUCAAAUGACGUUGAACACCUUCCACUACGCCGGUGUCGCUUCAAAGUCAGUCACAGGUGGCGUGCCUCGAUUGAAAGAGAUCAUCAAUGUCGCCGUUAACAUCCGUACGCCGGCGUUGAACGUGUAUCUGGAUCGUGAAUACUCGCAAACGGAGAAGGCCGCUCAUCAGAUCAUGCGAAAACUCACAUAUACUCGAUUGAGAGAUAUCACCGCCAGUGUCGAAAUCUUUUACGAUCCCAAAUUGGACAGCACGGACAUUGAGGAGGAUAAAGACUUUGUGGAUGCUUUCUUUGCCAUCCCGGACGAAGACAUCAAAUUGGAACAACAUUCUCCUUGGUUGCUCCGUCUAGAACUGGACCGAGCGAAGGUGUUGGAAGGAGGGUACGAAAUGUCUCAAGUCGUCAAUGCCAUUGUCGACACUGUAGGUAAAGAUGUAUUCGUCAUUCACUCGGAAGACAAUGCGGAGAAACUCAUCAUUCGUAUUCGAGUGGUUUCGGAUGAGAAAGAAGAUGACCAAUUGAUCGGUGAAGAAGAUAUUUUCUUGAAGAAGAUUGAGGGUACUUUGUUAGAUCAUGUCGAAUUGGGUGGUAUCACUGGUAUUCAAAGAGUGUUUAUAUCUGAAGGCAAGCAAACUGUUCUUUCACAACAGGGAGAGUAUGAUCAAGAACGAGAAUGGUUCCUUGAAACCGACGGUAUCAAUCUGAAAGAGGUAUUGGCGGUGGACGGUGUCGAUGCUGUGCGAACAUAUUCGAACAAUUGUUACGAAGUUUAUCAAACGUUGGGUAUCGAAGCUGGUCGAAACGCAUUAUUCAAAGAAUUAAACGGUGUCAUCGAAAUGGGAGGUUCAUAUGUCAAUUAUCGACAUUUAGCUCUUCUCUGCGAUCUCAUGUGUUCAAAGGGUCAACUCAUGUCAAUAACUCGACACGGGAUCAAUCGAACGGAUGCUGGUGCUCUUUCCCGAGCUUCAUUCGAAGAGACUGUUGAGAUCUUACUCGAAGCUGCAGCUGUUGGUGAUGUGGAUGAUUGUCAUGGUGUUGCCGAAAACGUUUUAUUAGGUCAAAUUGCACCUAUGGGUACUGGAGCUUUCGACGUUUCUUUGGAUUUGGAAAUGCUCAAAGAUGUAAUUGUGGAUCAUCGUCUACCUGUUCAAAAUAUGAUGGCUGCAGGAGUUUUAAGUGGAGGAAUGACACCUGGUGGAGCCAUGACACCAUACGACGCGUUAUCACCCAUGUGGAAUGGUCAAGGUUCUGUUGGAGCAGCCGCUUUCUCACCAAUGCAAACUAGCAAUAACGAAGAAAGUGGUGGAUUCAAUUAUAUGGGUUAUGGAAUGAGUCCAAUGCAAGGUGGAUUAUCACCUGGUGGUGGUGGUGGUUAUUCACCUUCUUCACCAACAGGAUAUUCACCAACUUCACCAUUCGCAAUUACAUCACCAACAUAUUCACCUUCUUCACCAUAUCAAGGAAAUGCAGGUUCAGCUUCACCUUGGAUACCAAGAUCUUCAACUAAUGGUGGUUUGAAUAUUACAUCACCUGCAUAUUCACCUUCUUCACCACAAUAUUCACCUACAUCACCAAUGUAUUCACCUGCAUCACCAAAAUUUUCACCUUCUUCACCUACUUUUUCACCUUCUUCACCGAAUUAUUCUCCAGCUUCACCUGCUUAUGGUGGUGGUGGUGGUGGUGGUUUAGCGAGGAAUUCACCUUUUUCACCUGCUUCACCUGCUUAUUCACCAACUUCACCAAUGGGUAUCACAUCUCCUAGAUAUUCACCAACUUCACCGAAAUAUAGUCCUGCAAGUCCGGCUUUUUCACCUACCAGUCCGGUAUAUAGUCCGACUAGUCCAGCACCUUUCCAAGCUACCAGUCCUAGAUAUUCACCUAACAGUCCGACUUUUUCUCCCACAUCACCAGUUUAUUCCCCUACUUCACCCGUUUAUUCACCUGCCAGUCCAGCUUUCUCUCCCACCUCCCCAGCGUACAGUCCGGCAUCACCAGCUUACAGUCCUAAUUCCCCAGCUUACUCCCCCACUUCACCCGCCGCCCAGGGUUCCAACGGUCAGCCACAGACGAAUGGACAACCAGCGAGGAAAGGUUGGGGUACGUCAGGAGGUUAUGGUACUUCACCCAGUUGGAAAGGUUAGAAUAAUCGAGUUGAAGUUAUCUGAGAAUAAUGGAUGAUGGAUGAUGGAUUGUGUGUGGAUUGAUUGGUCUCUCCUCAGUUGCUCUGAUUGUACCCUUCGUAGUACUCUGCUAGUGAUGCAUGACUCGUACUUCUACUGCUAC